AUGGCGCCAUCUGACCCUGUACCAAUCGAAACCGCGCAUGAGGAUAUGAUCCAUGAUGCGCAACUGGAUUACUAUGGAAAACGGCUGGCCACUUGCUCUUCUGACCGGACAGUGCGCGUGUUUGAUGUUGUGGACAGUGAACCUCGCGGUUCUGGGCAGACGCUGAAGGGGCAUACAGGACCUGUGUGGCAAGUUGCCUGGGCGCACCCGAAGUAUGGCAAUAUCCUGGCUUCGUGUUCCUACGAUGGCAAGGUCAUCAUCUGGAAGGAGCAGGGAACCUCUGGCUGGGCCAAGAUCAAGGAACACUCCCUCCAUGCCGCCUCUGUUAACUCGGUAUCGUGGGCACCCCAUGAGCUCGGCGCCAUUCUCGCCUGUGCGUCAUCAGACGGCAAGAUCUCAGUCUUGACCUUCAAGAACGACGGACAAUGGGGCGCCGACAUCUUCGAAGCCCAUGCCAUCGGCUGCAACGCCGUGUCCUGGGCACCCGCCACCCGUCCGGGCGCACUCAUCUCGCCUGCACCCGCCACCGCGCCGAACCAACCCCCGGCACGCCAGGCACCCAUCAAGCGCUUCGCUAGUGCUGGGUGCGACAAUGUUGUCAAAAUCUGGGCGUUCAAUGAGGAGAACCAGGCGUGGGUUGAGGAGGAUGUGCUGGAGGGCCACACGGACUGGGUCAGGGAUGUCGCGUGGGCACCGAAUAUCGGGUUGCCGCGUAGCUACAUCGCCACUGCGUCUCAGGACAAGACAGUAUUCAUUUGGACGAAGGAUACGCCCAACGCUCCGUGGGUCAAGACGCCCCUCGACCCCUCUGCACUUGACGGUGCUGCUGGUGGCGCCGCGGGCAAGUUCCCGGACGUCGUGUGGCGCGUAUCGUGGAGUCUUGCGGGCAAUGUCCUUGCGGUGUCUUGCGGUGACGGGAAGGUCACGCUUUGGAAGGAGAGCUUGAAGGGCGGCUGGGCUUGCGUGAGCGACGUUACGAGUUGA